GUGUUUGAUCUAUUCUAAAAUGUCCUGUCCUGGAUUAAAACAUUCAAUUCAAUGUGGCCAACCGUGACUGGAUCCGGCCACCGAAUUUAAUCAAAGCUGAGCGUUACUAGCACAACCUUGAUAAAAGCUGAAUUCCGGGAAGUUAAAGGACAUACAAUGUUAGUUGAUCCCUCUGAUCUCAGAUCGGCCUCCCGAAUUUGUGAAAUGAUUCUGGGAACUGGGAUUGUAAGAAGGCCCCUAAUAAGACCACUAAACAGUUUCUUCGUCGGAACCCUCACCACCUCCGGCAUAUGUGGCCUUGCCACUGCUAACCAACUCGACUCUGAAGGGCCAUCAUCGUCGUUCGAGUUCACGGGAAAUGUUCAAAACACGUCUAGCAGAGAAGACAAUAAUAAUAUCCAUAUAAGUGGGCGGAAGAAUUCUUAUUUGCAAUCGGGCUCAACUUCAGUGACGAUGCCUAUGUCGUUCAUGACGGGAUCAAUUGUGGGCAAGAGGUUUUACAAGAAGGUGAUCACACGCGAGGCCGAUGAUGGUAUUGGUUGGACGGUUUUCCUUGACUAUCGCACCCUCAAAACCCCCUCCAAACGCCCUCUCAAGUGCCCCACUCUUGCUCUGGCCAAAGCUAUUGCCGCUGAAUGGGAAUACCAGGAAGCAGAUGGAAUCAGACCUUUUACAAUGCCACUGAUGAGACUUGCUUGUACCGCAUUCGAAAGAGUCCCACUAACCAGAUCCACGAUUAUUGAAAACUUGAUGAAAAAAUUUAAUCAAGAUUUAGUGUUCUGUCGUGCACCAGGGGAUGAUGAUUUCACAGCUUCUAUUCAUGAGCAUCAAGUGGAGAAAUUUGACCCUCUUCUUAGGUGGUUGGAGGUGGAGUUCGGAUUCAAACCGGUUAUAUAUUCAUCUAUUUUUGGUGGAAAGCAGAGGGAUGGUCUUGUUAAUGCCAUUGCAGACUCUCUAAGAAAAAUGAAUGAUUGCGAAUUGGCAGCCAUUGAUGCAAUUGCUGCAUCUGCACACUCUCUUGUCAUUGCCAUUGCUAUGUUUCAUGGUAGAUUGGGAAUCAAGGAGGCCAUUGAACUGAUAAGGCUUGAGGAAGAUUUGCAGAUUGACAGAUGGGGACUGGUUGAAGGCGGGCACGAUGUUGAUAUCGCCGAUCUGCAAGUGCAGGUUGCUUCUGCUGCUGUAUUUCUUGGCCUCACGAGGAGCUUUUAGAUUUAUCUUCAAGUUUUGUUGUUUCACUGUAAUAGUUUGGUUGGAGCUUUUGAUUAUUGAAGAUAUAAUAAUAGUACGCAACCCCGUUUUGUUUUUAAGCAUAUUUUACUGCCUGCAUAGCUGAUAGCUCUAUACUUCUAGCCUUUUGGUCCUUGGUUGCAUCUUUUAGAUCUGCAAACUGAAAACCCAUUUGGGAACUUGCUGUUGCCAAGAUGAAAUUUCCUUGUUAAUGUUUCUUUUCCAUUUUGAUGUGAUUAAAAGUGUUGGAAAAUGGUUUACAAAUUAAUAUUUUAGUCACUUUGGAGCUCAA